AUGAGUUCAACUUCUUAUGGAAAAUGCGAAACAGUAAAAAUUGUGGACACAAAGUCCAUAAGUUAUCAAUGGCCUCUUUUGGUUUUUUAUUUUCUUUUUGUAACUGUGACUCCAGUAUACAUUCUAAUUUUAAUAUGUAUUUUGAGAGCUAGAAGGAGUUCAGUUACUUUCAAAACGACAUUUUAUGUGAUAUUGAUUCAGCAUAGUAUAGCUGACAUAUUCGCUUUGUCGUUUUAUUUCUUUCAAGCAUCAUCACAAAUUAUCAUGCCAAAUUUUUUAUUUAAAUAUCAACAUUUCCGUAUUGCAGCAGUAUACUACAACGGUUUUUAUUGGUGUUUUGUGAUUCGAUGUAAUGGAAUUGCACUAAUGACAAUUCAGAGAUAUUUGUCAAUUGUUAAGUCAAUUAGUAAUAUUACUCGGUUCAUGCAUAAUUUGAAACCUUGGAAAAUUUCUGUGAUCUAUUGGAUACCUCCAUUGUUUAUCAGUGCCGUUUUAUUCUCAAAUCCUGAAAUUAGAUUUGAUACCCCUGAAAGAAUGAUUUUAGUUAUGGAUCCAAGUUAUAUCAGUUGUACGACGAGAACCUUAAGUGUUUUUGUAUCAAUAUCAUGUGUAAUUUGCAUAGUUAUUUAUGGAUUAAUUGUGAAAUUUAUCAGAGAAAAUAGCCAAUCAGCAACAAAAACUUUCCGAAGAGAAAUCCGAUUAGCCUGCCAAGUAUCUCUAUCAUUUGCCGCUCAGCUAAUCUCAAUGAUUUAUUUAUUUUCCUCAUUUAUUUUUGCUGAAACUGGUAACACUGCACAAAUUGUGAACUUAAGACGAUUUUUACCACUUGCCUAUGGAACUAUCUCUUUCAUUGGCCCAUUUACAAUACUAAUUUUUAACAAAGACGUCUUGAAAAGCUUAAAAAUGCUGUUCCUCGGAAAGAAAUUGGUAAGUGGGAUACAAUAA